AUGGCGAGACGUAAGAGAGUCCACCAGAAGCCUGCUACGAUUGACAAGGGUAGGGAAAAGUUAGGGUCUGAGGAAGUGGGUGGGGAAUCGCUGGCAGUUGAUGAUGCAGAACCUUCAACUGAGAUGGAGGACAUUUUUAAAGACACUAUGGCUGACUUCCCAGAGAUUGGAGGUUCGUUGAAAGGGGAUCUUAACAUGGAUAGGGCGAGCGUUUCUCCGUCUGGUUUGAAAUGGAGUGAGCAAGAAGAUUACAACAACGAUUUUCUAAAUCAAGCCAAGGAUAAGUGGUCAUCAUUUAAAGAUUUGCUGCCGAACCAAGGAGGUGCUCGACUGCAAUUUGAGGAGCCAUUAAUCCAAGAUGGCCAUAGGAUUGCUCAAGUGGAUUUGGAAGAAAUUGUUGUUGAAGCUUCUAUCUGGAAUUCAGCUGUAGUAUGUAUGGUUUUAGGAGCUAAUCCCCAUUUUGCAGUCUUUGAAGGAUUCAUAAAGAGAAUGUGGGGAAAACUGGGUAUCGAGAGGAUUGCGAGAUUAAAUGCAGGCCAUACUCUGGUUAAAUUCAGAGAUGAAGCUACUAGAGACUUGGUGUUAGAAAAUGGGGUUUUGCAUUUUGACAGAAAACCUGUCAUUGUGAGACCAUGGACCACUGAAUUAGAUCAUAUGAGGUUAGUUAAAUCGGUACCGGUGUGGGUGAGACUACCUGGAUUGGGGUUACAGUAUUGGGGUACCAAGUGUUUGAGUGCUUUAGUUAGCACUCUUGGGAAACCAAUUCUUGUAGAUAAGGUUACAAAGGAUAGAUCUAUGAUGCAAUUUGCAAGGGUUUUAGUGGAGAUUGACAUAGCUGAUGAGGUCCCAAAUUCUAUUUAG